AUGGGGCAUGAUGAUGGAUUGUACAAGUUCUUCUGGGUUGGAUGCGAAAAGGGAAUAGCAGGUGUGGGUGUGCUAGUAGCGGAAAAGUGGAUAGAUAGCGUAGUGGAAAUGAGGCAUGUUAAUGAGCGUGUUGUGAAUGAGCGUGUAAUGGUGUUGAGAAUAGCUAUUGGGAAAUCUUUGCUGAAUAUUGUUUCAGUGUAUGCACCUCAGUUAGUCAUUUGUGAAAUGAACCUGAGUGGCAAGCUUGCAAAGAAGAAGGAGGUAUUCAUAAGUAAGUGUAGAGUUUGGAAAUUGAAGGAGGAGGAGCCACGUCGUGUCUUUCAGGAAAAGAUUCAAGAAAAAGCAGAUGUGAGAAAAAGAAGAGAUGUUAGGGUAGGCUGUUUCAAGGGGCUGGAUGGUAAACUACUCACGGCUAAAGAUAAUGUGAAAGAGAGGUGUAAAGAUUAUUUUGAAAAGCUAUUUAAUGAAGGGUAUGAAUGGGAUAAGGAUGGUUUGUCUAAGGUGAAUAUGGUGAGUGGUCCUGCAGAGAUUGUAACCUACAGAGAUGUGAAGUUUGCUAUUUUCAAGGCCAAGUCAGGAAAGGCUGCUGGUCCAUCAGGUCUGGUAUUGGAAAUGCUAAGAGCUUCAGAGAAUGUAGGUGUCCAGUGGACAAAAGAUCUUUUUAACGCAAUAGUGCGGGAAGGCAAAGUUUCUAAUGAUUUGAAGAAAAGCGAGCGAAAAAUUGGAAAGACUGGAACCUUCUGA